CAUAAGGCGGAACAGAUGAUUUCACUUUCUGUUUUGGAGAAGUGAGACGUAAAGUGUCAGAAAGGCAGACUACAAGUUCUGAUUAAUCUUCUCCUGUUUGUGUAUCUUUAUUCGAAGAUUUCUGUCGAUGGAUAACAAAGAGGCAACACGCACCUGCAGUCAGUGCAACAAAGAGGUGGCAGAGGCAAACUUUGCUCUACAUGAAACACACUGCCGUCGCUUCUUAUGUGUCUGUCCUGACUGUGAUGAAGCAGUUCCCAGAGAGCAACUGGACAAACACAGAGAGGAACAGCACACACAGGUGAGAUGCUCCAAGUGUAACCAGAAGAUGGAGCGUCGUCACCUAAUGGAUCAUGAGUCUGAUGAGUGCGUGGAGCGUCCGCAGACAUGUCAGUUUUGCGAGCUGGUGCUGCCAUGGAAGGAGCUGGACGAACACUGUCUGGUCUGUGGGAGUCGCACUGAGCUGUGCAGGGACUGCAACCGCUACGUCAAACUGAGGGACCAGCCAGAGCACGGCUUGACCUGCUCUGCCUCUAACAACGGCUCGAGUCCACCUCAAACUACCAGCACUCCAUCAAACAAGACAAAAGUGACUGUUACCUGUAAGGGAUGUACGGCAUUGAUUGCAGCUGAGGAUAUUGAGAAACAUGAGCUGGAGUGUGUCCCAGCAAUCAGGUGGGACUACUACAAAGAGGCUAAGCCAGAGGAGGAAGAGAGCAAGAAUGGGGAUGAUUUCUACGGACAGGUGAUCACUCGGCUAAGUAGCACCUAUAAGGCAAGCACCCUGUCAGGCAACGGCCCCUGGGGUGACGGAGGAGAUCCAGACAAGAUCAGCACCUGCCCUCACUGUCACCUGGCCCUGCCUAGCCUCACACUACGUUGGCAUCAGGUCAAGUGUCAAGUCUACAUCGUCUUAAAAUGAAGACAGAACUCCUCAGAGGGGAUAUGCUGCCUCAGAAAUAUUUGAUCAAGAAGUCAUUAUUAAAAGUAGUGUGUGGAUUGUUAUAAUGUAACUUUAUUAUUUCCCUACAUUAGAAUAGAUUUUCUUAUGGGUGGCACAGUGGUGCAGUGGGAAGCACUGUUGCCUCAAAGCAAGAAGGUUCCGGGAUUCAAACCUGGAUUCACCCAGGUCUUCUCUGGAGUUUACAUGUGCCUGCAUGGGUUCUCUCCAGCUUCUCCUACAGUCCAGGUUAGGUUAAUUGGUGACUCUAAAAAAUCCCUGUAGGUGUGAAUGUGACUGGUGAAUGGUUGUUUGUUUCUAUAUGUCAGCCCUGUGAUACACAGGUGAUCAGGGUGUACCCUGCCUCUCGCCCAGUCACUCCAGCCCCCCUGCAACCCUGAAGGAUAAGAGGUAUAAAGAAUGUAUUGAUGGAUGGAUUUUCUCAUGUAUGAAGGGUUACAUUCUGUUUAAAAUUUUUGUGAUCUUUAGUUUUUGCUAGUGUUUGCAUGUCUUAAAGAAGGUGAAGGUAGAGAAGGUGGCUCAGAGUAUAAUAUGCUGUAUCUAAGCAAACUUGACACUCCUGAUAAUUAUGUAUUUUCUGUUAAAUACAAAUACAGAUACUCGUAUAAUGUAA